GUCUGAACUGUCGUUAGCUUAGCGUUUCCAACUCUUGCUGUAUUCAUCUGGAUUUUAUUUCGGACGCGUUUUAUCUGGUUGUAAUUCAAAAGUAGGCAGGUAUAAAAUCCGGAUCGACACUUCUGAACGCUGACUGAUAAUCUAAGAGCUUUACAGUGCUCUGUUUUAGUGCUUCAGAGUGAAUUUCAUGUGCUAGCUCAAACUGAUCUUAAGCACUAACUGCAAUCAUGGGCUCAAGAGCUUCAUCCCUACUUAGAGAAGAGGACAUUGAAGAAAUCAAGAAAGAAACUGGAUUCUCCCACAGUCAAAUCACUCGACUUUACAGCCGGUUUCACAGUCUUGAUAAAGGAGAAAAUGGAGCGCUAAGCCGAGAAGACUUCCAGAGGAUUCCAGAGUUGGCUAUUAAUCCUCUUGGAGAUCGGAUAAUUAAUGCCUUUUUCCCAGAAGGUGAGGAUCAGGUGAAUUUCAGGGGCUUCAUGAAGACUCUGGCUCAUUUCCGUCCUGUUGAGGAUAAUGAGAAGAACAAAGACCUGACUUCAGGCGAGCCGCUCAACAGCAGAACCAACAAACUGCUCUUCGCUUUCCGGUUAUAUGACCUUGACAGAGACGACAAGAUCUCCAGAGACGAGUUGCUACAGGUGCUGAGAAUGAUGGUGGGUGUAAAUAUUUCAGAUGAGCAGCUUGGCAGUAUUGCAGACAGAACAAUCCAGGAAGCCGACACAAAUGGAGACAUGUGUAUCUCCUUUAAUGAGUUCACCAAGGUGUUGGAAAAGGUAGAUGUUGAACAAAAGAUGAGCAUUCGCUUCCUGCAUUGAGCACCAAACCAGGUCUGAACUCUGAUUGGAGACCAUCCCUGUCAAUAUAAGCAAGACACACCCCCUGAUUCUUCUCUCUGGGCUACUGUGACCAUUAUUGGGAGUCUCUUGGUGUCUUCAUUUUUUUCUUAGAACGUGACCGCAGCUUUUCUCUUAUUUGUUAAAAUAGUAUUUAUUCCAAUUCUAAAUGGAACUGCUCGUGACUUUCCAGAGGGGGAAGCUGUGGUUUAUAUUGACGGACAUUUUGCUGUCAUGAUGUCAUGCUCAUUUCACUAUAAUCACCAUCUUAAAGGCCAAAUUUAAUGCUUCUGUAAUAAAGGAAAUGUGUUCCUUUUAACAGAUUCCUCUUGGGAAUUCUAUACUUUUUUGUCUAACUUACCCAAUGAUGAUGAUUUGUUGCUAAGCAUUGUGUAAAUUGCAGUCAGACGUACCUCACACUUCAUUGAUUUGUUCUAGUAAGUUUGGGGCCUGUGCACUGUUUUCUUUCGCAUAAUGGAUAUUGAUGGCAAGUCAAAGGGUGUGAAUUUGCUGAACGCCUCUUAACCAGAAAAGUUGAUUUUCAGAUUCAGUGUCUUGUUUGUCCUUAAACGGCAAACAAGCAGAAGAGAAAAACAGGUCGGUUAAGUAUUUAGGACCGUGAGCAAAUGUCUUCUUUAAUUUCCCUUUAAAUCGCAAGCCUAUCAAUGAAAAGCACAUUUUCACAUUGUUAAAUGUGCUCAUUUUUUUGUGUCGCUAGUGACCAAAAUUACACACUUCAUCUUUAAAAUGUCCUUCAGUUGGUCCAAUCUGUUUCAUGAAACUAAACAAUUGCUCUGUGUUGUGUGCAAUCUCUCUCAAAAAAGAUGUGACCGUUUCCUCUGAUACUACAGAUGUAAACACUGUUGAUUAUUUGAUCAUGUGAUGCUGUGAGCUAAAUUCACAUGCAGGUACUUGGAAAAAUAUUUAUGUGCUUCUUGUGGAUUCUUGCUUUAUGUACAGAUUUCUUACUUUAGUUCUUAAAGUUUGAAUUGUAGUAUGAGAUUUUCAGCAUCCUGGGCAGAUGAUUGAACAAACUAAAUGAUUAAACCACAUUGAGAAGUUAAAUUAUUUAAUCAUAUCAUGCAGUUGAGAGAUGUGAACUUUGUGAUAUGUAUGGUUUUGUUUCAAAUAAAAACAAGUGCCAUCAUU